AGGCUGGAAAGAUUAGAAAAAAGAAACCAGAUAUUGAGACAAGGCAAAGAUAGACGACACAUUCUUCUCCAGCUUUUGGACUUUUUCCUUUUAUUGAUGGAUCUCAGGGUUUUUGCUCUAAUGCUUUGUGCUGGUGUUUGGUUUGCUGAUGUGCAAGGAGCCAUUCCUAAAUGUUGUGUUGCAACCUCAAAGCACUUUCCUCAGAGUUUACUAAUGAGUGUGGAACGUUAUGAAAUGCAGAACAGCCAUGGGCCAUGUGACAUUGAAGCCCUGAUACUAUAUGCAAAUGGUAAGAAAUACUGUUCUGACCUAAGAGUGAGGAGGAUCCUGAGAAGACUCAAGCAGAUGAGGCAUGCUCAGACAGAUCUCACCCACGAGAAACUCAUGUUGCAAGCUUCCACUUCAGUUAAUUUCUAGGGGUACAACCAUAGGCGAUUCUAGGUUUUAAAACUGGGGGUGCAAAGGGUAGUGAUUUUAUAAUAUUUUGCUUACAAAAAAUGACAAUUAAUUCUAGAUCUUAAAUUUAAAAUUAAUCAUUAGAGUACAACAAACAAAAUGCACCCCCUGCACCUGCGGUAAAAUCGCCAAUGGUUACAAUUGACUGUAUUCUCAUGUUCAGACUAUUGGCAUAAUCCAUAUUCAGUCUUGAUUACCACUCCGUUUCUUUUUCAUUUGUGAUGGUACUUGCUGAAAAUACUUUUUCAUAUAUCCAAAUAUACCCAACAUUAGACAUUUACAAUUUCAAAUGUUUUUAUGUUAGUCAUUGACUGUUAUUACUACUAUUAUUGUUUUAAGAAGCUAUGAAUAAAUCAUACGGCUGGA